CAGGUCUCACCCCUAGAGCCUGGGAUCCCAGUUCUCCCUUCUCCGCAGCAGGGCUCGCUCAGCCCAAGUCCAGCAGUUCGUCCUGCGCAAACAGCCUGCCUAGGAGAGGGCCUGGCUGUGCAUGUGACUUCCAAGCCACCAGCAAGGGAGAAGGGGCUACCGCAGUAUCUCCACAGGGCUGCUGGAUAGGAACAUUACCCCAAUGGCCUCAGCAGCGCCCCUGGCGAUGAUGUGGGAGGAGGUCAUGUGCCCCAUCUGCCUGGAUCCCGUAGUGGAGCCUGUGAGCAUUGAAUGUGGCCACAGCUUCUGCCACAACUGCAUCUCUCAGGUCGGGAAAGACGGAGGCGGCGUCUGUCCUGUGUGUCAGCACACCUUCUUGGUCCGGAACUUCCGACCCAAUUGGACGCUGGCCAGCAUGGUGGAGAGCCUUAAACAAAUUGGCCAGAGUGCCAAGGAGGGCACGCAAGGGGAGCGGUGCGAGGUGCACGGGGAGAAACUGCACCUGUUCUGCGAGGAAGAUGGGAAGAUCCUUUGCUGGGUGUGUUCUCAGUCCCAGAACCACCGUAACCACCACAUGGUCCCUAUUGAGGAGGCUGCUCAGGAGUACCAGGAGAAGGUCCAGGUGGCAUUAGAGAAACUGAGAAAAGGACAACGAUUGGCCGAGGAGUUGGAAGUGGAUAUUGCAAUGAAGAGAGCUUCCUGGAAGAGUCAGGUCGAGACACACAAACUGAUGAUUCACACAGAGUUUGUGCAACAGCAGAACUUCCUGGCUGAAGAGGAACAGAGACAGCUACAGAAGCUAGAGAUGGAGGAGAGGGAACACCUGAGAAUCCUGGGCGAGAGGGAGGCAAUGCUGGCCCAGAAGAGCCAGGCCCUGCAGGAGCUGGUCUUGGAGCUGGAGAAGAGGAGCAGGGGCUCAGCCCUGGAGCUACUGCAGGAGGUGAAAAGUGUCCUGGGAAGGAGUGAAUGUUGGAACCUGAAGCAGCUGGACAUCACCCCUCCAGACCUGAGGAGUGUGUGCCUCGUGCCAGGGCUGAAGAGGAUGCUGAGGACGUGUGGAGUAAACAUCACUCUGGAUCCGUACACAGCCAAUCCAUGGCUCAUCCUGUCAGAGGAUCGGAGACAAGUGAGACUUGGAGACAGCCGGCAGGAAGUACCUGAAAAUGAAGGCAGAUUUGACACUUAUCCCAUGGUCCUGGGUGCCCAGUUCUUUGACUCUGGAAAGGUUUACUGGGAGGUAGAUGUGACAGGAAAGGAGGCCUGGGACCUGGGUGUUUGUAGAGACUCUGUGCGGAGGAAAGGGCAUUUUUUGCUCAGUCCCAAGAAUGGCUUCUGGACAAUUUGGCUGUGGAACAAACAAAAAUAUGAGGCUGGCACCAGUCCCCAGACUCCCCUCCACCUUCAGGUGCCUCCACGCCAAGUUGGGAUCUUUCUUGACUAUGAGGCCAGCACUGUCUCUUUCUACAACAUCACUGACCACGGCUCCCUCAUCUACACCUUCUCUGAAUGUGCCUUCUCUGGACCUCUGCGACCCUUCUUCAGUACUGGUUUUAAUGAUGAAGGAAGAAAUUCAGCCCCUCUUGUCCUCCGUCCAUUGGAGAUGGUUUGGUAGGGAUCUACUGACCACUGGUGGCACUCUCUGGACACUGACAACCCCCUCUGUCAGUGCCCUUCUCAGCCACUGACCGUGCCUCAUCUCCCCAUGAACUCUGACCCACUUUGUCUCUGCAGAGCUGUCAGGACAGUAGCAAGCAGACUUUGGCAGUGAGUUCACGGAAAAUUUGUCAAAUGACUUUCACCAUCAGCAUUCCUACCUAGAUUGCUUUAUGAUUCCCUCUAUGAAACAAACUACUUGGCCCAAAUCACCUGGGUCAACCAAAACACAUUUCUGCCUUUAUGUGACUCAUUUUCUCCUCUCCAUCACUAAGCCUCUGGUCAGAUCUCUAUUAUUUACCUUGCAGAGUUUGCAAAGGGGCUUCCUAUAUACAUGGGGCCUCAAUCUAACCCAUUUGAUCCUUGUUCUCAUAUACAUCUAGGAUUACUGUUCUGAUGUACACACACCUGUUAAGUGGCUCCACACCACCUAUAGAAAAACAGCCAUACUUUGAAAAUAAAGGGUGACUGAUGCAGGC